AUUGCGGACCUUAGAUAUUCACUGUGCCCUUCUCACCUGUAUAUAUGCUACAACAUGGGCACACUCUUUUCUGCAAAUAGAGAUAUCCUCACAUCAUAUUCAACUAGGUGAUCUCAAAGAUGGUGGCGCUGACAAUAUUAGGUGGUUUUAGUUGCAUGCUAAAUCAAGAGAUUAGCGAUCCGUUCAUGGUAAUCCUCUUUUGGGUGGCCUCAUGUGGGAUGCUAAUUUACUACAUGUUAAGGCCUCGAAGGAUUUUCAUGGUGGGAUUUUCAUGCUUCAAGCCUUCAGAUGACAUGAAAUGUAACUACGAACUCAAAGAGUAUAUUGCUCAAAGAGGCGACAAGUUUAACGAGAAGAGCUUAGACUUCAUGAGACAGAUUUACCUGAAAUCAGGCGUGGGCGAGGAAACAUACUUUCCUCCCUUCAUCUUUAAAGACAAUCCAGUGGAAACUCUGGAAGCCGCUCGAGAGGAAGCAGAAAUAGUCAUGUUUGGGGCAGUGGAUGAGGUGUUUGAGACAACCGCCCUAAAAGUCUCAGAUAUCGAUGUGGUGGUGGUCACAUGUAGCAUGUACAGCGCCUCCCCAUCUCUCGCUGCCCUGCUCGUUAACCGCUACGGUCUGAAAGAGGACGUCAAAAUCCUCAAUUUUGCCGGCAUGGGUUGCAGCUCUGGUGUCAUAGCAAUUCAAACAGCCAGCGACCUGCUCAGAACAUCUUCUAGAAGUGGGUGUGCUCUGGUUGUAAUAACGGAGAACAUUACUCUCAACAGCUAUUAUGGAAAGAACAGAUCCAUGCUCGUCACCAACUGUAUUUUUAGGGUUGGUUGCGCUGCUGUAAUAUUGUCCAGCAGGGCAGAGGAUCGAAACAGAUCGAAGCUGGAGCUUCUUCAGACUCUUCGAACCCACAGAGGAGCAGAUGAUAAGUCUUACCGGGCAGCAUUCCAAGAGGAGGACGAAGAUGGUCUUGUGGGUAUGUCGCUUUCCAAGGAUCUCAUCAGAGUGGCCGGAGAAGGACUCCAUGAUCACCUAAGAUCUUUGGCUCCGCUGGUUCUGCCUUAUUCAGAACAGCUAAAAUAUGUGCUGUCUCUUGUGGGUAUUCAUUUUCUGAGGAUGGAGAUUAAGCCUUACGUUCCAGACUUUCGUCGGGCUUUCGAGCAUUUCUGUAUUCACACUGGAGGAAAGGCCGUGAUAAAAAAGAUUGGUGAAAGUUUGCGAUUGGGAGAAUACCUGCUGGAGCCUGCGUGCAUGACUCUGCAUAGAUUUGGGAACACCUCGAGCAGCAUGGUGUUGUAUGAAUUGGCUUAUUUUGAAGCCAAGAAGCGGAUUAAGAAAGGAGAUAAAGUAUGGAUGAUCUCGUUUGGGACUGGGUUCAAAUGCAACUCCAUUAUUUGGAAGGCUCUCUCUGAUUUAGCUCCUUCCAAGGCCGGGAACCCCUGGGUUGAUGUUGAGCACCGAUAUCCAGUUCGUUAGAUUUGUUUAAUUAGAGAUUUUCUGCGAAUAAAUUUGUUUGUCAUGUCUGAUUCAUUCAGUAUGUAAAGGUAAUAAAUUGCUGUCAUGGGUACUAGUUAUAUGAUGUUUCCUCGAAAGUUGGUAUACUUCUACUGACAAUAUUGAAAGCAAGCUACAGAACUGUGAUCCCUUACCUAGUCAUGGCAGAACUAAUUUAUGUUUCAACGUUGCUCUGUACUAAAUUGUAGGAAUAAAAGUUGUCCAAGAAAAAUGUAAGUUAUAGCAGUGGAAACUACUUAUUGUUCAUAUGGAAUGAACAGAUUCAUUCUCUUUCCCAACUGUAAUUUUACAGGUUUUCGCUAGGAUGUUUCCUCGAAUGAGAUCAUCAAGUUCCAGUGGUUAUGCUUCUGCUGACAUUAUUGAAAGCAAGCUACAGAACUGAACUAAGCAAAACUGUGUUCCCUUAUCAUGUGAGGGACAACCUAUUUAUCAUCUAUGUCUCAACUUUGGUCUGUAAUAAAUUAUUAAGACAACCUUAAUAUCA